AUUCUACAGCACACACCGCCCGGAGUAAAUAAAUAGAUAUUCGUAGUUUGUGAAUGAGAACGAAAACGAAAACGUCCGGCACGUGAAGAUUAAUUACCAAAACAAACAUAUUGUAAAGCAUUCUACAUCAUGCCUUUAGAAACGACAAAAUUAAAUAAGCCAAUUAACACCAGCAUCUACAAAAAAACAACAAUACUCCAGAAAAAGAAAAAACAUCGCGACAAAAGUGAUUUGGGUCCGAAUUUUGUGGCACCCGAUGGAGGUUGGGGUUGGAUUGUCUGCGUAGCAGCCGGACUAAGUAAUCUAUGUCUUUUCCUUCCCCAGCAUCAGUAUGGCCUGAUCUAUAGACAGCGUAUGGAAAAAUCUGGCUUUGAUGCCAAGGAAAUUUCAACAAUUGUCAAUGCCGAAUUGGCAAUCUCUUCAUUGGUGGGUCUUGUCAAUGGAGCCAUGUUUAGGCGAUUUACCUUUCGUCAGGUGGGGCUGAUGGGUAGCCUACUGGCAUUCGUUGGGAUAUUUUGUACGACAUUUUGUGAGAACUUUUUGCAAUAUAUACUGUGUUUUGCAAGCAUCUAUGGUAUUGGCUUAGGAUUAUGUCGACAAGCCAAUUCCCUGGCCCUCAACACAUAUUUCAAAACAAAACGCCGCAAAGCAACCGGAUUCUCGUGGACAAUAACAGGAUUGGGUUUUGUGGUAUUUCCCCAACUUACCAUACUUAUGUUUUCGCUCUAUGGAGUUCAGGGUACAAUUUCAAUAUUUUCUGCCAUAAUACUCCAUGCCUUUAUGUGUUCCCUAACUCUACAGCCAGUUUUGUGGCAUUCUCCAAAGACGAUGGAGGUUCCGAUGGUAGCUCCUCGGGAAACACAUGGAGACAAUGAGAACCUUAAAUGUUCAUAUUGUCGAAAUCAAGAAGAAGAUCAAACCUUACAAAUUUCAGAGAAAAAUGAGGGGAGACCUUCAAAUAACUAUAAAAAUUCAGACAAUGCAAAGGAGGGUCAUGAAUUGCUGAAAAGAAGGGAGGAAGCUUUUCCCAAUGCAAAACGCAAAAGUGAUAUUUUUUCUAAAUCUGAGAACGAUAUUCAUCCCCACUGCACCUGCACGGAGGAAAAACUUCUUCUAGAAAAGACCCCAGGAAAUCUCCCCAAGUCCACAUCAGAAAUAGAGGAAUUGGAGGAAAUUACACCCCAACGAAAACGCCCCUCCCUCAUGCAGAAAAUUAUCGAAUUUUUCGAUUUGGAUCUCCUCAAGGAUUUCACUUUUGUCAACUUAGCCUUGGGAAUGGCCAUAAUGAUGUUCGGUGACAUGAAUUUCACAGUUCUCACGCCAUUCAUUCUGAAUAGUUUCGGUUACACGGACAAACAGAUAUCCAUUGGCAUGUCUUGCCUGGCUGGCGUAGAUAUUGGUGUCCGCUUUCUAUCACCAUUUGUCUUGGAGAACGUGAAACUCUCCAACAGUUUUCUAUUUGCCAUUGGCAUAAUUAUCGUUUCGAUUGGACGUUGGAUUGUGACCAUAACCAGUUCGUACAAUGUGAUUUUGGCAGCGUUUAUUUUGCUAGGUUUUGGAAAGGGUUUCCGCAUUAUAUUUUCACCUCUGAUCAUACCAAGUUAUGUGCCCUUGAAGAGACUGCCAGCAGCAUCGGGAUUGCAAAUGAUUUUCAGUUCGAUUACCUCGUUUACAUUGGGUCCAUUGUUGGGUAUGAUGACCGAUAGCUUCGGCUAUGCCGUCACCAUUCAUUGUAUAAAUGCUUUGAGCUUCCUGAUGUUAAUAUUUUGGCUAAUGGAGUACCUAAUAAGAAGAAGACUGUCGAAACAUUCCAUUACGUCAAGCAAUUUAUGAUCUAUUUUUAUCUGUGUGAAAAAGUAUACAAAAUCGAACAGGUUAAAUAGUAUUAGUCGGUUUAGACGACAGAUUUUUACCCUCAGCCUAUGUCGACUUAGAAGUCCCAUAUAAAUAUUGCGACGUGCCAGGUUUGGACUGUAUCGACUACUCCUCCACU